CUUUGCCUUUAGCCUUGUGUCUCUCCAACUCCAUUAUCUGCUUGCUGGUUGCUUCUUCAGCCGAGCUUCAUCUCAUCUCACCUCACCUCCUCACCCUACCUCAUCUCAUCUCAUCUCGUCUCUUUCGAACCGCCCAUCAUGUCCUCCUCCUCCUUCACACGGGCUCUUCGCCCUGCCCUCCGGACCAGCAGCCGGACCCUCGCCCAGCGAAGCUCAGCCAUCGCCGGCAUCGUCCGUCCAGCCGCCGCAAGCAAUGUCAACCCCCUCCGCCGCAACCUCUCCUCCACCAUCCCCCGACGCUCCGCCUCCUCCGCCGGCAUUGACAUCUCCGACAUCCCGCCGACGCCCAUCACGCACCUGUCCGAGAUCGAGUCCGCCAUGACCGAGUCCGUGGCCAAGUUCGCCGCCGACGUGGUGCUGCCCAAGGCGCGCGAGAUGGACGAGGCCGAGGCCAUGGACCCGGCGCUGGUGGAGCAAAUGUUCGAGCAAGGGCUCAUGGGCAUCGAGAUCCCCGAGGAGUACGGCGGCGCGGGCAUGAACUUCACGGCCGCCAUCAUCGCCAUCGAGGAGCUGGCCCGCGCGGACCCCUCGGUCAGCGUCAUGUGCGACGUGCACAACACGCUCUGCAACACGGCCCUCCUGAAAUGGGGCUCCGAGCACGUCAAGCGCACCUAUCUGCCGCGCCUCGCCACCGACACCGUCGCCUCCUUCUGCCUGUCCGAGCCCGUCUCGGGCUCCGACGCCUUCGCCAUGGCGACCCGCGCCACGGAAACCCCCGACGGCUUCGUCAUCAACGGCUCCAAGAUGUGGAUCACAAACUCGGUCGAGGCCGGCGUCUUCCUCGUCUUCGCCAACCUCGACCCCAGCAAGGGCUACAAGGGCAUCACCGCCUUCGUCGUCGAAAAGGGCACCCCGGGCUUCUCCAUCGCCAAGAAGGAGAAGAAGCUCGGCAUCCGCGCCAGCAGCACCUGCGUCCUCAACUUUGACGACGUCGCCAUCCCCAAGGAGAACCUCCUCGGCGAGCGCGGCCAGGGCUACAAGUACGCCAUCAGCAUCCUCAACGAGGGCCGCAUCGGCAUCGCCGCCCAGAUGACGGGCCUCGCCCUCGGCGCCUGGGAAAACGCCGCGCGCUACGCCUGGAACGACCGCCGCCAGUUCGGCUCCCUCAUUGGCGAGUUCCAGGGCAUGCAGCACCAGAUGGCCCAGGCCUACACCGACAUCGCCGCCGCCCGCGCCCUCGUCUACAAUGCCGCCCGCAAGAAGGAGGCCGGCCAGGACUUUAUCAAGGAUGCCGCCAUGGCCAAGCUCUACGCCUCGCAGGUCGCCGGCCGCGUCAGCAGCUUGGCCGUCGAGUGGAUGGGCGGCAUGGGUUUCGUGAGGGAGGGUCUUGCCGAGAAGUAUUUCCGUGAUAGCAAGAUUGGUGCCAUCUACGAGGGCACGAGCAACAUUCAGCUCAACACCAUUGCCAAGAUUCUGCAAAAGGAGUAUACCAGCUAA